AUGGAGGCCAACGGAGGAAUGGUUGCCGGUUCUCACCGGAGGAACGAGCUGGUGAUGAUCCGGCACGACGGAGAAGGCGGGGUGAGAAAUCCUUCCUGUAUCCUUACCAUAGCAUCCUCUUCCUCUUUUUCCCGUCGAUUCCUCUUAGUCGGAUCUGCCGUCUCCCGCUGGUCCCCGGCUCUUCAUGUUCUUCCGUCUCUCCGGAUGAUCUGCCUUGUUUUUCGGUUGGAUGGGUGAAAUGGUUGAAUCUCCGCCUUCUUCGGGGGCUCAUCCCCCGUCUCCCCCAUCUUGUCCAAUACAGUCGACCGCUGAUUCAUUGGGCAUUGUCUCGUUUCCCACUAGGGUUCCUGAGCAUCUGAACUUACAGGUAGCCACCCAUGCGGCUUUCCAGCUGUGUAGGAGCGAGCCGCCUCAGUUCGGCUUCCUGUUUUUUGACCCGAUCUUUCCAAGGCGAUCAUCCUUUCUUCUCAGCUGAUCUGCUCCUUGCUCGUCCUUGCAUUCUGUGUGGCAGUCGCGAAAGCCGACAUUUUCAUCGACCAAACCUCUUCUCGUCUGCUUCCUCCAUAAUCAUCUUCUUCUUGCCUCCUUAAGAUCGUACCCCGGGAUAACUUACCUGUCGAAUCCUCGCAAUCUGCAGCCCAAGACGCUGAAGAACAUGAACAACCAGGUUUGCCAGAUAUGCGGGGACUCCGUGGGCCUCUCAGUUGCCGGCGAAGUGUUCGUGGCUUGCGACGAGUGCGCAUUCCCCGUCUGCAGGCCCUGCUACGAGUACGAGAGGAAGGAGGGCAACGGAUCCUGCCCUCAGUGCAAGACCAGGUACAAGAGGCUCAAAGGUCUGCAAUCCUCACCAUCUCGGGGAAUUAUCUACGGAUACCCAAAGCCCCGAAAGCUCGAAUUUGAGGUUUCUCCAUAUAAUCUCUCACGGUUUUGUUCUGCUUCACCCUGUGUGCAACACAGGGAGCGCCAGGGUGGAGGGAGACGAGGAAGAGGAGGACGUUGACGACCUCGAUAACGAGCUCAACUAUGCCGACGACCAGGAGAAGUCGGGGAACCCACAGAGAUUGCUGGGAGAGGACGACCUCCCCCCAUCUUCCAUAAGGCGGGAUUUUCAGCAACCCCAUCUCAUCCUCCCCAGUGCCGGUCAAUCGGUAUGGUGAAGGGAACCCAUGCAUCCGUUCAUGCCUCUGUUCAUUUUGGAUUCUCUCUUCGUUGGGUGCGCAGGGCUCUGUCGUAGUUUCCUCAGUUGAUCCGAAACGGAGGAAAAACUGGGCAGCCCGACAUAUCAGAUCGUAUAAUAUCCCCAUGAUUCCGAACCAAGAAAUCUGGAUCGACCCACCCUGCUUUCCAAUCAUCGGAAGCUAGACACCAUUGUUUCUCUUUCUGAGAUAUCAUUGAGCUUCUCUGGUGUCUGAUGAAAAUUCUUCAGUUGCUGCUUUCCGACCAGCUUCGUGCUCAAAUUCUUUGCAGGUUUCAGGCGAGAUUCCUAUCGCUACGCCGGAUCGCCAGUCGAAGCGUAGUCAUUCGCUUCCUCACGUCGAUCCCAACAUGCCAGGUGGUUCGGAAAACCUUUCUCGAUUUCGUACGAAGGAUAGAAAACGGUCAACCCUCAGGAUCUUUCCUCUUGAACCGUCCUGACCAAAAUGGGUUCCAUGCCGACAGUUCCGGUGAGAACCGUGGAUCCUACCAAGGACUUGAACUCGUACGGCAUAGGAAACGUCGACUGGAAGGAGAGAGUAGAGGCUUGGAAGCAAAAGCAAGAGAAGAACGUAAGUGCGAUGAUGGCCACGGCUGGCAAAUACACAGAAGGCAAAGGAGAUGCAGAAGGAACCGGCUCAAAUGGUGAAGAGCUACAAAUGUAUCUCUCUCUCUCUCUCUCUCUCUCUCUCUCUCUCUCUCUCUCUCUCACACACACACACACACACACACACACACACACACUCACACAAACAGACAGACAAAUUUGGCAGAGGAAAACGGUUUGGAAUAAAACAUCGAUCGCCAUUGUUGUUGCAGGGCUGACGAUUCUCGUCUUCCAUUGAGUCGGGUCGUGCCCAUUCGGUCGAAUCAGCUCAACCUCUACAGGGUGGUGAUCGUUCUUCGGCUCAUAAUCUUGGGCUUCUUCUUCCAGUACCGUGCUACCCAUCCUGUGAAAGAUGCGUACGCGUUGUGGCUGGUCUCUGUCAUAUGUGAGAUCUGGUUCGCUCUCUCUUGGCUCCUGGAUCAGUUUCCCAAAUGGUACCCUAUCAACCGGGAGACCUAUCUCGACAGGCUCGCGCUCAGGUUGGUCGUAAUUGAAACUCCUUCCGACCACCCUCGUCAGAUUUCUUCAUCUCGAGGAAACCCUGGCUUGUUGAUGCAGAGUAGCUCACAGGGCUUCUCUCUGGUCUCGCAGGUACGACAGGGAUGGGGAGCCGUCGCAGUUGUCUCCCAUUGACGUCUUUGUGAGCACUGUGGAUCCCCUGAAAGAGCCGCCUCUUAUAACGGCGAACACCGUGCUCUCCAUCCUCGCCGUGGACUACCCGGUGGACAAGGUUUCGUGCUACGUCUCCGACGAUGGGUCAGCGAUGCUGACCUUCGAAGCGCUCUCCGAGACCUCGGAGUUCGCGAGGAAGUGGGUGCCCUUCUGCAAGAAACACCAGAUAGAACCCAGAGCGCCCGAGUUCUACUUCGCCCAGAAGAUUGAUUAUUUGAAGGACAAGAUCCAGCCCUCCUUUGUGAAGGAGCGGCGAGCAAUGAAGGUGUGGGAAGCCAAAUGCGAGUCUUCUGCCCUAUUUUUUUCUGUCACGGGGACUGGUAGGUGACACUUCCUGGGUUUUUUGUUCCCAGAGGGAGUACGAGGAGUUCAAGGUCCGGAUCAACGCCCUCGUUGCAAAAGCGCAGAAGACCCCCGAUGAAGGAUGGACGAUGCAGGACGGCACCCCCUGGCCCGGGAACAACCCUCGCGACCAUCCCGGAAUGAUCCAGGUAGGUGGACGGAUGGACCCUUUUCGCCGUUCCAGCCGAUGACUUUCCCAUCUCGUCUACUCCUGCUUUAUCGUCUCUCUUACAUCCUGGUCCUGCAGGUCUUUCUGGGCCACAGCGGAGGCCUGGACACGGACGGCAACGAGCUACCGCGGCUCGUCUACGUCUCUCGUGAGAAACGACCGGGUUUCCAGCAUCAUAAGAAAGCCGGCGCCAUGAACGCACUGGUCUGCUUUCCUACCAUUCUCUGCCCUUGUUCGUUUUCGAUGCACAUGGCAUAUGCUUCGUCUGGUUAUCAUUUUCAAUGCCCAUAGCAUGCGGCUCCUCUGAGCUUCCUUGGGUCUCAUCAGAUCCGGGUAUCGGCUGUUCUGACGAACGGAGCCUACCUUCUGAACGUGGACUGCGAUCACUACUUCAAUAACAGCAAGGCCCUCAAGGAAGCGAUGUGCUUCAUGAUGGAUCCCGCGCUGGGGAGGAAGACCUGCUACGUCCAGUUCCCGCAGAGAUUCGACGGCAUCGACUUGCACGAUCGAUACGCCAACCGCAACAUUGUGUUCUUCGAUGUGAGGACCGAUCCGAUUCAACCCCCUCCCCGGAAAAACAAAGGCAAUGAGAUUGUUUUGCUCCUCGGGUCUCCUCACUGUUUUCCUUCUUCUUCUUCUUCUUCUUCUUGCUGGCAGAUCAAUUUGAAGGGGCUUGAUGGCAUCCAGGGCCCAGUCUACGUGGGCACUGGGUGCUGCUUCAACCGGCAGGCCCUGUACGGGUACCAUCCAGUCCUAACGGAGGCCGAAUUGGAGCCCAACAUCAUAGUCAAGAGCUGCUGCGGGAAGAGGAAGAAGAAGGGCGACAAGGCGUACAUGGGCAAGAAGCGUGGGUUGAAGAGAACGGAGUCCUCGGCGCCGAUCUUCAGCUUGGACGACAUCGAAGAAGGCGUGGAAGGUAAGGAAUUCGUCAUGGGAUCUGCGACGAUUUUCACCAGAAGACUGAUUGAGAAGCAGGAGAAAGACUCCGAUCUUCCUGUUCAUCUCCCGGUUCGUCUGCGGGCUUACGAAGAACUGUGCGGUGCAUGCAGGCUUCGAGGACGAGAGGACGCUGCUCAUCUCUCAGAAGAGCUUGGAGAAGCGAUUCGGUCAGUCGCCCAUCUUCAUCGCGUCGACGUUCAUGGAGCAGGGCGGCCUCCCUCCGUCCACCAAUCCUGCGUUGCUGCUGAAGGAGGCGAUCCACGUCAUAAGCUGCGGCUAUGAAGACAAGACCGAGUGGGGGAAGGAGGUGAGCCAAGAUCGUCUCUUUCUCUCUCUUGCUCUUCUCUCUCUCCAAGGCAGGUAUCUGGGCUCUUCUUGCGAGCUCUCGCUGUGGGGCUGAUGGAGCGAGCCGACGUGUGCCAUCUUGCAGAUCGGGUGGAUCUAUGGUUCCGUCACGGAGGAUAUCUUGACUGGAUUCAAGAUGCACGCGCGAGGAUGGAUAUCGAUAUAUUGCAUGCCUCCUCGUCCUGCCUUCAAGGGUUCGGCACCGAUCAAUCUGUCGGAUCGGCUGAACCAGGUGCUCCGGUGGGCAUUGGGGUCGAUCGAGAUCCUGUUGAGCAGGCAUUGCCCAAUCUGGUAUGGUUACAGCGGGAGGCUGAAGCUCCUGGAGAGGUUGGCCUACAUCAACACCAUCGUCUACCCCAUCACGUCCAUCCCGCUGCUCAUCUACUGCGUGCUUCCGGCCAUCUGCUUGCUCACCAACAAGUUUAUCAUCCCAGAGGUGAGCUCCACUCGAAGGGCAAAUGGGUCUAACCCAUCCUCUCUCUCCAUCCCUCUCUGCUGAAGGUCACUGCCUCUCUGAUCUCGUGCGCUGUUUCUCUCUCUCCUUUGCAGAUUAGCAACUACGCCGGCAUCUGGUUUAUCCUCCUCUUCGCCUCCAUUUUCGCCACCGGGAUCUUGGAGCUCCGGUGGAGCGGCGUCGGAAUCGAGGAUUGGUGGAGGAACGAGCAGUUCUGGGUCAUCGGGGGGACAUCGGCCCACCUCUUCGCCGUGUUCCAGGGGCUGCUGAAGGUGCUGGCGGGGAUCGACACCAACUUCACCGUCACCUCCAAGGCCUCCGAUGAGGACGGCGAAUUCUCAGAGCUCUACGUCUUCAAGUGGACCACCCUCCUCAUCCCCCCCACGACGGUCCUCAUCGUGAACUUUGUGGGGAUCGUCGCCGGCGUCUCCUACGCCAUCAACAGCGGCUACCAGUCCUGGGGACCCCUCUUCGGGAAGCUCUUCUUCUCCAUCUGGGUCAUCCUCCACCUCUACCCUUUCCUCAAGGGUCUCCUGGGCCGCCAGAAUCGCACCCCCACCAUCGUCAUCGUCUGGUCGAUCCUCCUCGCCUCCAUCUUCUCCUUGCUGUGGGUGCGCAUCGACCCCUUCACCUCGCCCACCCAGAAAGCCGUCGCACAGGGACAAUGUGGCAUUAACUGCUGA